CUCUCUAUGACAUUUGCCUGGACGAUAUGUCAUCCGCCUGGACGCACCCCGUCCUUGGCGCCUCGCACAUAAAAGGCCGGACGGACGUACGCUCGAGUCUCAAGGUGAAGUCCACCGCUAUCACCGAGUGUAUUGGCCAUGCGUACACAUCUCUUCCUCCACGUCCUUGCUCUUGGUGGCGCCGUCAUUGCGGUGCCAGCCACCAACUCUGCUUCGAGCGACAGCACGUCGGACGCGUCCAGCGCGCCCGCCAGUACGCUGAGCGCGUCCGCCACCGCCAUCAGCGCGUCGGCCACUAGUCUCUCCGUGUCGUCUGCGGCCCCAACUAGCAGCGGCAUCUCGAGCCCGUCAUCUUCCUCCCUGCCUGCCACCGGCAGCGCAUCAUCCUCCCUACCCGUCAGCGCAAGCACCUCCGCCUCUGCGCCCUCGUCCACGGCCACUUCGAAGAUCCCGACCCCCAUCCUCAACGCCGAGUGGGCUGCGGCGUACGAGAAGGCCGAAGCCGCCGUCGUCAAACUCUCCCUCGAAGAGAAGGUCAACGUCACGACUGGUACUGGGUUCAAGAACGGCCCUUGCGUCGGCAACACGCCUCCCAUCCCCAGUAUUGGGUACCCGCAAAUCUGUCUCCAAGACGGUCCUCUCGGCGUUCGCGCCGCGGACAAUGUCUCCGCGUUCAACCCAGGCGUCAACGCCGCUGCGACCUUCAACCGCAAGCUCAUCCGCGCGCGCGGCGCCGCCAUGGGCGAAGAGUUCCGCGGAAAGGGCGUUCAUGUCGCGCUCGGGCCUGACAUGAACAUGAUGCGCACCGCCGCCGCCGGGCGCAACUGGGAGGGCUUCGGCGCGGACCCCUACCUCGCGGGCGAAGCCGCCUACGAGACCAUCAAGGGCAUCCAGGGCGCGGGCGUGCAGACCUCCGCGAAGCACUUCAUCAACAACGAGCAGGAGCACUAUCGGCAGAACAGCUCCUCGAUUGUGGACGAUCGGACGCAGCAUGAGAUUUAUUUGGCGCCGUUCUUGAAGAGCGCGUUGGCGGGCACGGCGUCGUUUAUGUGCAGUUAUAAUCAGAUCAACGGCUCUUGGGCCUGCGCAAACGACGCGAUGCUCAACGAGAUCAUGAAAGGCGAAUGGGGCUACCCUGGUUACGUCAUGUCCGACUGGGGUGCCACUCACGAGGUCGCCGAUGUGAACGGAGGACUCGAUAUGACCAUGCCCGGCGACGACAUGACGACCGGAGAGCCGAUCUUCGGGCCAAGACUUAUCGAGGCGGUGAACAACGGGACCGUGUCCGAGGAGCGCGUGACGGACGCGGCGAAGAGGAUUCUUGCGGCUUGGUACCUCCUCGGUCAGGACGAAGGCUUCCCCGAGACGAACUUCAACACCUGGGACCUUGAGGAUCCCGCAACCAAUCAGCACAUUAACGUCCAGGCCGACCACGGCAGCCUCAUCCGCGAGAUCGCCGACGCGUCGACUGUUCUGCUCAAGAACGAGGACAACAUCCUGCCCCUCGCCUCCUCCAAGACCUCCAAGCACGGUCGUCGUAACUCCAAGACAGGGCGCAACAAUACAAAGACCGCCCCCGCCAGCAUUGCCAUCCUCGGCAACGGCGCCGGCCCGUCCUCGAAGGGCCUCAACGGCUGCGAGUACCAGUCCUGCAACGACGGCGUCCUCGGCAUGGGCUGGGGCAGCGGCAGCGGGACGUACCCCUACCUGAUCACGCCGCUCGACGCGAUCACGGCGCGCGCGGCGGAGGACGGGACGGAGGUGACGAGCUCGUUGGACGACUACGAUACGGAGUAUGCGGCGGAUCUGGCGAAGGAGGCGCAGGUUGCGCUGGUGUUUAUCACGUCGGAUUCGGGGGAGGAUUUGGUGCCGGUGGAAGGCACCUACGGCGACCGCAAUGAUCUGUAUGCCUGGCAUGAGGGGGACGCCCUCGUGCAAGCUGUUGCUGAUGCCAACGAGAACACCAUUGUCUGCGUGAACACGGUUGGGCCUAUCAUCGUUGAGAAGUGGAUCGAACACCCCAAUGUCAAGGCUGUUGUCUGGACCGGUCUUCCCUCGCAAGAGGCUGGCAACUCUAUCGCGGAUAUUCUGUACGGAGAGUACAACCCGAGCGGCCGCCUGCCCUACACCAUUGCCAAGGCCCCUGAGGACUACCCGGCCUCGGUGCUCUACCUCUCUCCCACCGGACCCUUCCCGGACAUCCCCUACAGCGAGGGACUCUUCAUUGACUACCGCCACUUCGACGCCAACAACAUCGAGCCGCGCUACGAGUUCGGUUUCGGUCUCUCCUACACGACGUUCGAGUACGCCGACAUCGCCGUCUCCGGCGAAGCUCCUUCCGACGGUGCCGCCCUCGCCUCCAUGGACCCCGCGCUCCACGAGACCGUCGCGACCGUCACGUUCUCCGUGCAGAACACCGGCGACGUCGCAGGGCACGAGAUCGCGCAGCUCUACGUGACCUUCCCAGAGGAGACGAACAGCGCGCCGCUCAACCUCAAGGGCUUCGAGAGCGUGCACGUCAAGCCUGGCGAGGUCUCCCAAGUCGAGGUCAAGCUGACGCGGUACGACCUGAGCGUGUGGGAUGUGGAGAGGCAGGGCUGGGUGGUGCCGGAGGGCGAGCUGACGGUCUCGGUGGGCGCGAGCAGCCGAGAUAUCCGGUUGACGGGGACGGUGAACUAAGCGAGUGGCUCAAACAUUUUCUGGACUUUACGCAAUGCAUGAGCUGCGAUGU